AUGAUAACACGAAGCCUACUGACGUUACUCCUGUACGGAUUAUCACUGUGCACCGGAGCUAGGAUUUUGGCAAUUUUUCCAUUUGAGCUGAAAAGCCAUCGAGGAGUUCUGGAGCCCAUUAUCGAGGAACUAGCUGUCAAGGGACAUCACGUCGACGUCAUCAGCACCUUCAAGUUGAGCAAAAACUUGCCCAACUACACCAACAUACUUACACUCCCAACUUCGAAAGAGCCACCAAAGAUACUCUACUCGGAUAAUUACACUCCUUACGACGACUAUGUGUGGCUAGUUAAAGUAAACAACAGAGUGUGUAAUUUACUCGGACAUCCGGUCAUAUCGGAAUUGAUAAAGAAUCCACCCAAAAAUCCACCCUACGACCUUUUGAUUGUUCACAUACUCUCUGGUUAUCAGUGCAUGUCAGCGAUAGGAGUAGCACUGGACAUUCCGGUAGUUGGGGUCAUGACUACUUUACCCUAUCCCCAAAUGGAGCACUAUUUGCACAAUCCAUUGCACUUGGCUGGAAUGUCCAGACACUGCCGCUCAUUCGAGGAAAACUUUGGCUUUUGGGGCAGGCUGUACAACGUCGUCAUGACCAAUUACUACAUAACUCACCAUUACAAACACGCAGACGCGCAAGACCAUUACAUAAAAAAGUACCUUGGACCCAACAUGCCGAGCUACCGGGAGAUAGAAAAGAGUUACUCCUUGAUCUUCAGCAACUCGCAUUAUUUGUACCACGGGGUCAAGCCCAAGGUGCCGGGUCUCAUCGAAAUCGGAGGGAUAAACGUUAUGAACGACACCUCGCCUAUGGACCCAAAAUUGAAAAAAGUACUCGACGAAAGCAAGGACGGAUUCAUUUACUUCUCUUUCGGCUCUGUCGUGGUGGUGGAGUCUCUCCCUCACGAGAUUGUGGACAAGUUUUACUCGACCAUUCGUAAGGUAGCGCCCAUCAGAGUCAUACUAAAGUCGUCGAACCCAGAAACUCUGCCGAAAAACCUUCCAAAGAACGUUUUUACGUUCCCGUGGCUGCCGCAGCAAAAAGUAUUGCAACAUCCGAAUAUCAAAGCUUUUGUGGCCCACGGAGGGGCUUUGGGAACACUAGAAGCCAUAUAUUACAGAGUGCCCAUGAUUUGCGUGCCAUUUUUUGCGGAACAAUACGUCAAUUGUGAUAUUUCGAAACAUAGAAAUAUAUCGUUGAAGCUAGACAUCAAAACAGCGGUGCAGAAAGACUACGAUUACGUUUUCAGCCAAAUACUGACGAAUCCAUUUUACAAGCAAUCGAUAAAUAAAUUUUCCGCUUUGUAUUGGGAUCGGCCCCAGUCGCCGCGGGAAGCAGUGACGUACUGGGUUGAAUUCGUACUUCGUCACGGCAAAGAUGUGCUGAGAACACAAGGCCUCGCCUUGAAUUGGUGGCAGCUCGAACUUUUAGAUGUUUACGUAUUUUUGAUUACGUGCGCACUGACAACAGUAUUAAUUGUAUGUUUAAUCGCUCGGAAAAUACUUCGGCUCUUCCUGCAAGUGCGCAGUAUGAGCAGCAUUGUGAAAUCGAGCAAGAAGUUAAUGUAAGAUAAGGCCUUUGCACAAGAUUAUUUUUACGUUUUUUUUUAGUUUGUAUAUUUUGUCACUAAAACAGCCACAUGUGUUAUAUUUUACUCAUUUUAUUUAU